AUGCCCCAAACCUGGCAAUCCAUAGGCGCCCAAAAGCGUGCCGAGCAAGACCGAGCUAUCCCGUCCGAAUGGAAACUAAAAUCACUCCCCCCGACCUCCCAGCUUGAUGUCCGCUCUAUCCCCUCCACGUGCGGCAUCCUCACCGCCGACGAGAUCUCCAUAACAGAGGACCAUGACGCCUACUCUCUCCUCAAUGGCCUCCACGGCCAAUCUCUCACAGCUCUCGAAGUCACAACCGCCUUCUGCAAGCGCGCCGCCAUCGCCCACCAACUCGCAAGCUGCCUCACUGAGAUAUUCUUUGACCAGGCUCUUGCCCGUGCCAAAGAGCUAGAUGACCACAUGGAGCGCACCGGGCGCGCCAUCGGCCCUCUCCAUGGCCUCCCCAUCUCCCUCAAAGACACCUUCAACAUUGCUGGCAUGGACUCCUCCCUCGGCAUAGCCGCCAUGGCCUUCCAUCCCGCCCCGGCCAACUGCCCCCUAGUCGACAUCCUUCUCGCCGCCGGCGCCGUCCUCUAUGUCAAAACUAACAUCCCGCAAACCCUCAUGGCCCUCGACAGCAUCAACAACGUCUUUGGCCGCGUCCUCAACCCGGCCAACCGCGCCCUAACAGCUGGAGGCUCCUCUGGCGGUGAGGGAGCUCUGCUCGCCCUCCGCGGCUCCCCGCUCGGCGUCGGAACCGACAUCGGUGGCUCCAUCCGCGUCCCGGCUAUGUGCAACGGGCUGUAUGGGUUCAAGCCGUCGUCCGGGCGGAUUCCCUACGUCGGACCGAUGGGCCGGCUUACGACGACGCGGGGACGACUGGGGUUGCAGACGUCGGCGGGCCCGAUAGCGACGAGCUUGCGCGAUGUGGAGGUGUUUAUGGAGGUCGUGGCGAGGGCGCGGCCGUGGGAGAGCGCGGCGGAUGCGCUACCUGGGUCUUGGGAGGAGCAGGGGCGCGCGGGGGAUGAGUGGGAGAAGCCGGUGUUCGGGGUGAUUCGGACUGAUCACUCUGUUACGCCGUUGCCGCCCGUGGCGAAUGUGGUGGAGGAGACGGUGGUGGCGCUGAAAGAGGCGGGGUUGGAGGUGGUGGAGAUUGACGCGAAGGCGCUGGCGGAGUGUCAGAUGCUGGCAUAUGGGUUCUUUGAUAUGGGGGAUAAUGCGAUGUUGGAUUUAAUUGAGGAGACGAAGGAGCCGCUGAUUCCAUGGCUAGAGGGCAAGGUGGAUAGGAAGGCGCCGAAGAGCGUGGAGUACGUCUCGGAGUUGCAUGCGCAGAGGCUGGAGGUUAUGAAGAAGAUGUUACAGGUUUUCAAGACGCCAGAUGGUAGAACGAUCGAUGCGGUUAUAUUGCCAGUUGCGCCGCAUCCAGUGCCGGAGAUUGAUCGCUGGAAUACAGUGGGGUAUACGAGCAGCUUUGUGCUUUUGGAUUGGCCCGCUGGAACCGUGCCCAUCCGCAAGGUUAAUGAGAAGGAUUUGGAGGGAGAGGUGCAGGGGAAGUCGCUGGGAACCUUGGAUGAUAGAACGAGGAUGCUCUGGGAUCGCAAGACGGUGGAUAGAAGGGUUUAUUUGGAUAGUGCGCUAUCUGUGCAGGUAGUGGCGCCGAGAUUGCAGGAGAGGAGGUUGUGGCAGGCGAUGGACAUUGUGGAUAGAGUUGUGAAGAGGAAGGCGUCGACACAGGAAACGACAAAGGCGAAACUAUAG